AUGCGUUAUACCCGGACGAGCGCUACCACUCCCAUGGUCACUACCACCGACAGAUCAUCUACGUUCAGUGGCGACUUUGAUACCUCUGGUGGCGAGCACUUUCAUCCUGGUUCGAACCAGCAUUGGACUUCUCAGCAGACUCGAACGAGCACAGUGUUCACUCCCAACACAACUCGAACGGAAAUCAACCCAAAUGCUUACGCUGGCACUGGCACUAGUACUCACAAUUUCGCCGACGCCACUCCAUUUAUGCACCCCUCGAACCGAGGCCGGGCCAACACCAUGCCCUGGGAUGGAUUUUUUCAGAACGCAUCCAAUGUUCGUAUUGGGGAGGUUCGAUUCAACUAUGUUCGUGGAAGACAGUACAACACACAUACAUCCAAUUCGCAUUCACGGUCUUCAACCCGGGGCGCCACUACGAUACGGAACUCUUACAAUGUGUAUAGAACUACUAACAUCGGAUCCAACAACGUUGUCAUCAACGGGGGAAGCAGCGCAGGUACACAGCAGGACGUCUUUGAGAGCAGGACGAACGACCGGCGCGCUGAGAGAGGAAUCCAGCAAUGGAAUGCAAGACAGGAUAACAUAGAUACCCGUUCUCCAUCUACGCAUCGCGGUUGGACGACCGGCUCCAACACCAUGAUUCAGAACUCCUAUAAUGUGAAUCAAACUACCAAUAUCCGGACCGAUAAUGUCGUAUACCACCAGAGCGAUUUAAAUCCAGAGAUCUCCGGAAGAAGGUCAAUGACUCAAGGGAGGGGAGUUAGGCGCUGGACUUUUGCAGAUGCUUAUCCGGAAAGCGUAUGGGAAGGAACUUCUCAGCACCACUUGAGCUCCUAUAACGAUCGAGAGAUGCACUAUGCUGGACAUUACCAGCCAGGAUCGUCUGUUGGGGUUGUGGGGACGUCCGAUGCGCCUCCUCCACCCUACCCCGGCGGCCCCGACCUUGUUCAAUCGCAGUGGGAGCCGAACCGGAAUAACCGACUUGCUAGCACUACCGCUUCAUCGACCAACACCGGCCCUGAAAUGACUGGUACUUCGAAUGCUAGUUUUGCAACAAUCGAAAGGACGGAACAGGAGUCAGAUUCAGAUGCCGAUAGUGAUACCGAAUCGGACGACUCGUAG